GCCGGUCUGGUCUGGUCUCCCGUGGGCGGCGGCCACCGCUGAUCGGGAGGGACGCUGAGCCCUGCCAGGAGCCCGGGCCCGGCUCCCGCGGCAGACAGCGCGGGGCUGCCGCUGUCGCCGGGCGGUGUCCCCGGAGCCCCUCGGGGCCGGGCCUCGCCUGCCCCUCCCGGGCCCUUCUCCCCCGCCCCGCUUGGGGCCCGUGCCCUUUACCGUCGGCGGAGGCGCGGAUGAGCUCUGCCAUGGUGCGUGCGGGCUCCAUGCCGCCGCUGCGCUGCCGGGCCAGCCCCGGCGCGUUGGCUCCGUGCCCGGUCGGGUCGGUGCCGUUCCCCGGCUGUGGUGGAGCGGCCCGGCCGCCCCUGUGCUGCCCCGGGCCGGGAGCUCCGGUGCCGAGCGCUGCCUGCUCCGCGGAGCUGAGCCCAGAGCAGAGCCGGGAGCGCUGACAGCACAGCGGGGAGCGCUGGAGAGGAGCGAGGGGCCGGCAGGAAGCGAUGGUGUGGCACGGAGGGAGGAAACGCCGAGGGCCUGAGCUCACCGAGCCUCGGGCCAUGCCCGCUCAGCCUCACCAGCCCCAGAGAGCCAACCUGGCCGGGGUGCGGCACAUCCUGCUGGUGCUGUCGGGGAAGGGCGGCGUUGGGAAGAGCACCCUCUCCACUGAGCUGGCCCUGGCGCUGCUGCACGCCGGCAAGAGGGUGGGGAUCCUGGACGUGGACCUGUGCGGGCCCAGCAUCCCGCGCAUGCUGAGGGUGCAGGACAGCGCUGUGCACCAGUGUGACAGCGGCUGGGUGCCCGUCUUCGUGGGCCAGGACAAGGCCCUCGCCCUCAUGUCCAUCGGCUUCCUGCUGGAGCGCCCGGACGACGCCGUGGUGUGGAGGGGACCCAAGAAAAACGCUUUGAUCAAACAGUUUGUCACCGACGUGGCCUGGGGGGAGCUGGACUUCCUCAUCGUGGACACACCACCGGGCACGUCCGACGAGCACAUCUCCACCGUGGAGGCCCUGAGGCCCUUCCAGCUGCUCGGGGCAGUCCUGGUCACAACGCCUCAGGCUGUGUCCGUGGGGGACGUGAGGCGGGAGCUGACCUUCUGUAGGAAGGCAGGACUGCACAUCCUCGGCAUCGUGGAGAACAUGAGCGGCUUCGUGUGCCCCCACUGCUCUGAAUGCACAAACAUCUUCUCCAAAGGGGGAGGCGAGGAGCUGGCCAAGCACGCCGGGGUGCCCUUCCUGGGCUGCGUCCCCCUGGACCCCCAGCUCAGCCAGAGCUUGGAAGAAGGCAGAGACUUCAUCCAGGAGUUUCCCAAGAGCUCUGCCUUCCCUGCCUUGACUCACAUUGCCCAGCAGAUCUUGGACACAUCGCAGAGGAGCUCCUGAGGCAGGUGUGGAGCUGGACUGGUGCCAGGCUGGCAGCCCAGCAGCGGGAAGGGGCAGGAACUGUUCAACUCAAGCUGGGGUGUGAGGGGGGGAGCACAGAUUCCUGCUGCUGCUGGCAGUCCCAGAGGGAAGAAGCCACAUCCCCUCAUACUCAGAGAGACUCUGGAGCUGCAGUGUCCAGGCUGUUCUUCCCUGAGCAUUCCCACAUGGUUCUGGUCACCUGGAUCAUGGCUCCAUGUGCUGCUGCCUUCUGCUGCCCCUGCCUGAUGGAUCACACAGGCCUUGCUUCAGUGGCUGGCUCGUGCUGGGUGCUCCCAUGUGGAGCCAGGCCAGGCCCCUGAGCUCGGAAUUCCCGGCUGGCUGGUUCCUGAUGGGCCAUGAGGGCACAGCACAGCGUGGGCUGGGCUGAGGAAGCACCUUCAGGAGCUGCAUCCCAUCGUGCUGGGAAGGAGCCCUCAGGCCUGCUGGGCUUCUGUGACUCAGGAAUAUUUUUCAAGGUUCCAGGCAGUAAACCCUUUUCUUAAAAUGCAGGUCUGUGAAACUUCUGUUUUUCCAUGGCUUCAGGCCUCGCUGUGUCUCUGAGUCUUGGCCUUUCACAUACAUCAAGGUGCUUCCUGCUGUUCCCUGGUUUCCUUGAUGGAAUUCAGCUAAAUCUCUCCUAUAACAGCAUCAGGA